GUCAAUUCAUAUCGAUAUCUAUCGACUCAUCACCAUCCCUUUCUUUCUUAUAUUCUACUGAAGAAACUUUUUUCUUGCUAUAAUACAACGUUAUUCAAAGGAAAAACUAUAGAUUUGAGAGAGAGAGAGAGAGAUAGUUAAUUAGGGCAAGCUAUGUGGAAGUUGAAGAUAGCCGAGGGAGAGCCAUGGCUUAAAACGGUAAAUAAUCACGUUGGGAGACAAUGUUGGGAAUUCGAUCCCGAUGCCGGCACACCACAAGAACUUGCUCAAAUCGAACACUUUCGUCAACAAUUCAACAAAAAUCGAUUUUGCAAACGACAAAGCUCCGAUCUACUUAUGAGAAUGCAGCUUAUAAAGGAGAGUAAUACUACUAGUAGUAGUAAUUGUUUGGAGAGAUCAAUGGAAAUUAAUAUUGAAGAAAGUAAUGAUAUUGAUAAUUUUAAGAUGAGAGAAGAAGGAGUUUUAGUGAAGAACACAUUAAGAAAGGCUCUUACUUACUUUUCAUCAAUUCAAGCCCAUGAUGGCCAUUGGCCUGCUGAAUGUGCUGCUGGAUUAGUCUUUCUUCCUCCACUGGUAAUAGUAUUAUAUAUUACUGGAUCACUUAAUACUGUUCUUGGACCAGAACACAAGAAGGAAAUUAUUCGCUACAUAUAUAAUCACCAGAAUGAAGAUGGAGGUUGGGGACAACAUAUAGAAGGCCCUAGCACUAUGUUUGGCUCUGUAGAAAACUAUGUUUCUUUAAGGUUGUUGGGAGAAGGUCCCAAUGAUGGUGAGGAAAAUUCUAUUGCUAAAGGAAGAAAAUGGAUUCUUGAUCAUGGCGGUGCUGUUGGCAUCCCAUCUUGGGGAAAAUUUUGGCUAUCGGUGCUUGGUGUGUUUGAAUGGUCAGGAUGCAAUCCACUUCCCCCAGAACUCUGGCUAUUGCCUAGAGCGUUUUUCCUUCAUCCAGGGAAAAUGGGCGCGUUAGCUCGGUUGGUGUACAUGCCUAUGUCAUUCUUAUAUGGAAAAAGAUUUGUUGGACCAAUCACUGGGUUGGUUCAAUCAUUAAGGCAAGAACUCUAUACAGACCCUUAUCAUCAAAUAAAUUGGAACAAAGCUCGAAACACUGUUGCUAAGGAGGAUCUGUUUUAUCCACAUCCUUUGGUUCAAGAUAUGGUGUGGGGAGUACUUUACCAUUGUGCAGAACCAAUACUAAAACUAUGGCCUUUCUCUAAACUAAGAGAAAAGGCUCUUAAAGUUGCUUUGAAUCAUAUACAUUAUGAGGAUGAAGUUAGUAAUUAUCUCUCUGUGGCCAGUCAAGAAAAGAUAGUAAGUAUGCUAGCUCGUUGGGUUGAAGAUCCAUGCUCAAAAGCCUUCAAGUGUCACCUGGAAAGGAUUCCAGAUUAUCUUUGGAUUGCUGAAGAUGGAGCCAAGUUUCAGGGUGUUGGUGCUCAAUCAUGGGAUGCAGCUCUUGCUGUUCAAGCCAUUAUAUCAUGUAACCUAACUCAAGAGUUUGCUCAUACUCUUCGAAAAGCACAUCACUUUUUGAAAGCUUCACAGAUUCGUAACAAUCUACCUGGAAAUUACACUAAAAUGUACAGACACAUAUCUAAAGGUGGUUGGACCUUUAAUACUGCCGACCAAGGUUGGGUAGUCUCUGAUUGCACUGCCGAGGCCUUAAAGGCCACACUUAUGCUCUCACAAAUCUCACCAAGUCUAGUAGGAGAGAAAAUGGACACAGAGUGCUUCUAUGAUGCAGUAAAUGUUUUGAUGACAUAUCAAAAUAAUGAAGGAGGUUUCUCUGCCUGGGAACCCCAAAGAGGAUAUCAUUGGUUGGAGUACUUAAAUCCCAUAGAGUUCCUUGCAGAUACAGUUGUUGAAAGAGAUUAUGUAGAGUGUUCUUCAUCAGCUAUCCAAAGCUUGGUACUCUUUAGGAAAUUAUAUCCAACACACAGAAGAGAUGAAUUAGACAAAUGCAUUUCUAAAGGAGAAAGUUACAUUUUGAAUUCACAAAAUUCUGAUGGUUCAUGGUAUGGUCGUUGGGGAGUUUGCUACACAUAUGGUACUUGGUUUGGGGUAGAAGCAUUGAGAGCUUGUGGUAAGAAUUACAGCAAUUGCCCUAGCUUCAGAAAGGCAUGUCAAUUUUUACUUUCCAACCAACUUUCUGAUGGCGGUUGGGGAGAAAGUUACCUUUCGAGCGUAAAUGAGGUGUAUACUAACAUUGAAGGAGAUCGUUCAACUGUGUUCAACACUGCAUUAGCAGUAUUAGCUCUUAUUGGAGCUGGACAGGCUGAGAUAGAUCCAACACCUAUACAUCGUGGAAUAAGAUUAUUGAUCAAUGAACAAAUGGAAGAUGGUGACUUCCCUCAACAGGAAGUAAAUGGAGUAUACAUGAAGAAUGGUGUCUUAAACUUCGCUUCAUAUCGUAAUAUCUUUCCAAUAUGGGCUAUAGGAGAAUAUCGUCGUCAAGUUUUACUUAAUUAAUUAAUUAUAUUAAUUAAGCUUCAUUAAUUAUGUGAACAAACUUAACUUAUUGAUGAUCAUAUAAUAAGUUCAUCAAGUCGUCUCUCUCUCUCUCUCUCAUCUCUUUCUAUAUAUAAAUAUUUAUACUAUUGUAAUAAAGGACCUAUGUCAAGCAUAUUGCUACACAAGUAUCCUCAUUUAUUAUUUAUUUAAUAUAUGGGGAUUCAUGAUAUGAAGUGUUAAAAGUUUGCUUAAUUAAUAUUUAAAAUUCAUUUUCAGUAUAUAAGUUUGCUACUAAUUAUCAUUCUUAC